ACAACUCCCACAAAGCGCAUCGGUUCGGAGACAUUGGCAGUUGAAGAAGUUCUUUUUAUUAUUUCCAGACCAGGGCUGAGUCUUCUGUUCACAAAUAGCAGUUGUGUCCGAGUGCAGCAGAAGAGAACCAACAAUGGCUACUGAACCCGGUGCGGUCCAAAUAGUGACCGUUAAUAAGGAGGAUCACUCUUUUGGCUUGGACACAGAAGCACUUGAGCGGGUGCUCCUAGUGCCUAAGGUCCGAGAUAUGGAAGUGGUAGUGUUGUCUGUUGCUGGAGCCUUUCGAAAGGGCAAGAGUUUCCUCCUUGACUUCAUGCUUCGAUACAUGUACAGGAAGUCCAGUGAGGACUGGCUUGGGCGGGAGGAUGAGCCCCUGACUGGAUUCUCUUGGAGAGGUGGCUCAGAACCCGAGACCACUGGCAUCCAACUGUGGAGUGAAGUCUUCAUUGUGAGGAAAAGCAAUGGCAGAGAGGUGGCAGUGUUGCUUAUGGACACACAGGGAGCAUUUGAUAACCAGUCCACUGUUAAAGACUGUGCUACAAUCUUUGCCCUCAGUACCAUGACCAGCUCGAUACAGAUAUAUAAUUUAUCACAGAAUAUUCAAGAAGACGACCUACAGCAGCUUCAGCUGUUCACAGAGUAUGGCAGGCUGGCAAUGGAUGAAAUCUUUUUAAAGCCUUUUCAGUCACUCAUGUUUCUGAUCAGAGACUGGAGCUUCCCCUAUGAGUAUGUUUAUGGAUUGAAAGGAGGCAGUGAAUUCUUGGAUAAACGGCUUCAGGUGAAGGAUUCUCAGCAUGAGGAGCUGCAGACAGUGAGACAGCACAUUCAUUCCUGCUUCACCUCCAUCUCCUGCUUCCUGUUACCUCACCCUGGCCUGAAAGUCGCCACAAGCCCUUCCUUCCAGGGCCAACUAUGUGAUGUGGCUCCAGAGUUUAAAAAAGAGCUCCACAGCCUGAUUCCAACCCUGCUGGAUCCUGACAAACUGGCAGUGAAAGAGAUCAAUGGCAACAAAGUGACCUGCAGGGGCUUGCUAGAGUACUUCAAGUCAUACAUCAAGAUAUACCAAGGAGAAGACCUACCACACCCAAAGUCCAUGUUGCUGGCUACAGCAGAGGCGAACAACUUGGCAGCUGUGGCAUCCGCUAAAGACCAGUACUACAAGAAUAUGGAAAAGGUGUGUGGUGGAGACCUUCCCUAUGUAGCGCCUGACUCUCUGGAAGAAAAACAUAAAUUCUUUUUGCGUGAGUCUCUCCAUCACUUUGCCAGCAUUAAGAAGAUGGGUGGGCAGGACUUCUGCAACCACUACCAGGCUCAGUUGGAAUCAGAGCUAAAUGAGUUAUGGGAGUCUUUCAGCAAACACAAUGAGUCAAAGAAUGUUUUCAGUGCUUUUCGAACACCGGCUGUGCUUUUUGUCCUGGUUUGCCUUCUGUAUGUGCUCUCCGGACUCUUACUUUUCAUUGGCCUGGGCAGUGUUUCCUUUGUGUGUGACUGUAUGCUGGGACUGGCUAUGAUAGCUAUGCUCACCUGGUCCUUCAUUCGCUACUCUGGCCAGUACCGAAGUGUCGGCUCUGCCAUAGACCAAGCUGCUGGAGUGUUACUGGAGCAGGCUACAGGCAUGCUGAACAAGACAAGAGGCCAGGAGGUUACAAAAGAGAAGAAAUCAAGAUAGCUUUUCAGACAAAUCAGAGAUUCCAGAAUGAGAUGCAAACUGCACAUAUUUUGACGCCAAAUAUUGGUAACACUUCUCUAAACAUGGCACUUCAACUUGGCUUCUUCUACAACUUCUCAUUAAAAGGUGCAAUCAGUGUGUUUUAGCAUAGCAAACAGAAUGCCAGAUGUGAUCUGCUCAGUCUGAACAGGUUAAUGAUUUUUUAGAAGCAGUUCGGGUUUAUUAUCCAUUUUUCCAUAUGUUUAAGUUUAUAGUAACAAGUGGUGCUGUUGCUUGUGGAAAUGUAUUGAUUUGUAUCUUUUAAUUGUGAAAACGUUUGUGUUGUUAUUGAACAUCAACACAAACACGUACAAAAUCACCUGCCAGCGUAUCAGGCAUAAGUGUGGUUUGCCACAAGGGCUAUUCUCCUUAAAGGAGCUGAAAUGAUUAGUUUACAGUGUCUUAUUUUAAUACUACCAAAGACUUUGCCCUUUGUAGUGAGACUCGCCAGCACCUUCAAUGGCAGUGUGGGAUGCUUAGUAUUGUUGAAUUGCACUUGCCACAAAAGGCUUUUCCAAAUAUAUAUAAACAUACAUACACACACACACACAUCCCUGCUCAUCAUUGUAUAUGAUUAGCCAUGACUUUAUCAAGACUUGAGCUUAUACUGUGUAAAAAAAAAUUUACCGCACUACAAUAUGUGGCAUUUAUAGAGCAUUGUUAUCUUGGCACCAGCAUGGGACCAUGUAUACACAUUCCAUCUUUCUGUCUUACAUAUAUUUUUCUGGGGGGGUUUCCCCUCUUUUUUUUCUGACACACUUUUUUUUUUUUUUUUUUUUUUAUGGAGUUAGUAUGACAGUCUCUGUUACCCAUGUUACUCUGUUAUACCCAUGUUACUCCCAAACAAUAUUCCCCAGUAAACCCAAGUAUUCCGAUAUCCUUUUUUUGGUUGUGUGUUUGCAGUGUUCUCAUAUUCCUGUGUUUUUAGAAUCACAUUUGUCAGAGAAUAUUUGGUCAUUGUAGCAUUAAAGGUUAGAUGAAGGGUUACUUUUUGUUUCGUGUGAAAAAAAUUUGCAUUUGACCAUGUGUAUGACAUGCUGUCAUUUGGCCAUCACUGUAUAUUUAACAGCCUUGAUAAGCAAUAAUUUCACUAUAAUGUUAAAGCUUGUCUUCUUGAGUUCUGUGUCGCCUCAUUGUAGUUUUCUGGUUCACUCAGGGAUGAUCAGCAGCAUGUUAUAGACGUGUUGAAAGGCGAUUUGGGUCUUUGGUACCAUGUCUAUUAGUCUCUGUCUUUCUCUGUUGCUGGUUUUAUGAGGGUGAAUAGGUCAUGUUCUCUUUUUUUUUUUUUCUUCCAAAAGGUUAUUUUGUCUGCUUCCCAGUUGUAUUGUUUAUUGUAAUCAGUUCAAACAUCGGGAGCUGGCUGACUACUGUUAAAGCACAUUCUAAACACAUUCCAAGUUACCUUUGCCUUUAAAUUCACGAGUGCAUCUUAAUUGAAUACUCCUCAGUUCUUGUGGACUUCACGCCUUUUAAUAACCCAGGAAAUGUUCCAAAAAUGGACUGUUGCCCCUAAGACCAAAAAUAUAUUUAAGAAAAAUAAACUGUGUGCCCUUCAGAAAGAACAGGGCUGAGAACUUUGUUUUUGUUUGAAUACAAGCAGCUCCUACACCAAAUACAAAGGCGUGGUUAUGGAUAAUGAGGAUCCGAGUACCAUGGCCCCAUGACAUCUCGGUCACCUGUCCAUCGCUUACAAUUCCCUGAUGUUUUUCCGCACAGAUUCCUUGUCUUUUAAGCCUCAGUUGGGGCCUCUGCUUGUGUGUAGUACUUCAUUUAUACUUUCAAUAAAAAGGACAAUGCUUAAACUGCUCUAAUGAUUUGGGGUUUAAUACAUGACCCCAUUCAUACAACAUUUACUGUUACAUUACUUUAUGCGUUCCAUUAAUAAAGUUACAAGCAUGCCAUA